AUGAACAAGGUGGUAGAUGCUUCUGCUUCAAUGUGCAACGCAACAACCGAAAAAGUCGAUAAACUAAUUACAGAUGCUUGCUUGUUCAUGGAGACAUUUCAGAGUUCAUCCGAAUCUAACACCGUGAAGGCCAAUGAAGUUAUUUCUAGCCUUCGAUCUGAUCUUCUCUCUGAAAGGACCAAGCUUGAAGCUGUUCGCACUGGCAUCCAGUCUGAUCACUCGGAGUUGAAAACCUCCAUUUCAACUAAACUUCAAAAACUUCAAGAUGACUUGGUGUCUGACAACAGUCUUAAGGAUCAACUCGCUAGAAAAUAG